GGUCCCCUUCCCGGCAUCCUCCCGGGGGCCAGGAGCACGUCAUUUCCGGUGGGGAAGGCCCGCGGCCGCCGCCGCCAUUUCGGGCGCUGCUGUGAGGCUGAGACCCGAGCCGGUCCGCUGGGCGGCGGGGGCCGGGGCUGGAGGGGCGCGCGCGGCGGCGGCGGCGGCGGCGGCGGCGGCGGCGGCCCAGCGUGUAGGCACGGAGGCGGCCAUGGCGGGCAACUUCGACUCGGAGGAGCGGAGUAGCUGGUACUGGGGGCGGCUGAGUCGGCAGGAGGCGGUGGCGCUGUUGCAGGGCCAGCGGCACGGGGUGUUCCUGGUGCGGGACUCGAGCACUAGCCCCGGGGACUAUGUGCUCAGCGUCUCCGAGAACUCGCGCGUCUCCCACUACAUCAUCAACAGCAGCGGCCCGCGCCCGCCGGUGCCACCGUCGCCCGCCCAGCCUCCGCCCGGGGUGAGUCCCUCCAGACUCCGAAUAGGAGAUCAAGAAUUUGAUUCAUUGCCUGCUUUACUGGAAUUCUACAAAAUACACUAUUUGGACACUACAACGUUGAUAGAACCAGUUUCCAGAUCCAGGCAGGGUAGUGGAGUGAUUAUCAGGCAGGAAGAGGCAGAGUAUGUACGAGCCCUCUUUGACUUUAAUGGGAAUGAUGAAGAAGAUCUUCCCUUUAAGAAAGGAGACAUCCUGAGAAUCCGGGAUAAGCCUGAAGAGCAGUGGUGGAAUGCGGAGGACAGCGAAGGGAAGAGAGGGAUGAUUCCAGUCCCUUACGUGGAGAAGUAUAGACCUGCCUCCGCCUCAGUAUCGGCUCUGAUUGGAGGUAACCAGGAGGGUUCCCACCCACAGCCACUGGGUGGGCCGGAGCCUGGGCCCUAUGCCCAACCCAGCGUCAACACUCCGCUCCCUAACCUCCAGAAUGGGCCCAUUUAUGCCAGGGUAAUCCAGAAGCGAGUCCCUAAUGCCUACGACAAGACAGCCUUGGCUUUGGAGGUCGGUGAGCUGGUAAAGGUUACGAAGAUUAAUGUGAGUGGUCAGUGGGAAGGGGAGUGUAAUGGCAAACGAGGUCACUUCCCAUUCACACAUGUCCGUCUGCUGGAUCAACAGAAUCCCGAUGAGGACUUCAGCUGAGUAUAGCUCAACAAACAGUUUUGCUGACAGAUGGGAACAAUCUUUUUUUUUUCCAAUUGUCAUCUAUACAGUUUUCUUACAGAUGUCAAAGCAGUCUAGUUUAUAUAAGCAUUCUGUUGCCUGUGAUCUUUUUUAGACUGAACUACUCCAUCCCUGGUCUUAUUUACCAUAUUCAGGGUACGAAACUGGAGGGCUUGUGUGUUAACUUUUGAAUUGGUGAUUUUAGGUGGUAGCACCGUUGCCUGAGUGUAUCUGAAAGGAGCGGCAUCUUGCCUCCCUUUUCUCAGGCAAUACAAAUCAACCUGUGGAAAAUUGAUGGACGGGAGAGAAGUGUUGCACACCACUUACCCUGAUUUAUUCAAUGGUUUGGUUUUCAUUGUGAAACCAUGCUGUCAAAUGGCAAUAGACUGUUCCCUUCCACCCCAUGAAGUAAUCAUGCACGUGUGAAUAGUACCCAGUGGGAUUGCUUUUUCAUUUACGGAACAUGACCAUUGUGUGACUCAUUCUGACAGUUCAAAUCCUGAGAAUUCUGAGGACACUACUAGAGGCAUUUGUCUUCCUUCCCAGUCAAUGCUUCAUACUUUUUCUUGGGAUUCUUUCAAGCCUUGUAAUUCCUUUUCCCCAAACCUGCAGAUAGGUUAAUUCUCAAGAUAAGUGUUUAUUUUCAUUCCAGAUGAUAAGCAGGAUGUGCAGAGCACUUUAUUCAGUGCAUAGCUUUAAGCCAGUAUUGGAUUCACUGCGUGGACAGCCAAACUCCCAGCUCUCUGCCAUCCCUCGAGGGGUCACAGUAGGUUCACAUUGCUACUGCAGUUCAGUGGACUCCUGGCUAAUGGGACCCAGCAUGCCAUUCUCCUGAGUGCCAUUGUUCUGUCAGGGGACUUUUUGGAAUUCUUGGCUUCUACUUGGAGUGGAAGGACCAAUCACUUAGAAUAUUCCAUGGAUGGUUGGGGGGCCAAAUUCUGCCCUUUGCUUUAUGUACAACUUGUAUAAAAAUCAAGUUAAGAUUACAUGAGUUUGGGGAUAGGGUUUUAGUGCUUUGAAAAAUGUUUGAACCAAUCAUGAAUUACUUCUGUAUUAUUUGUUUCAUAUGGCCAGAAUAGUGCUUGAAACACACUGUGUUAUAAAUUGCCUUCACUUGGGGCUCUUUUUCUUUGUGUUCAAGUUUAGUUUACAAACCCUUUUAAGUAUGGAAUGGUUUAUAUAGGGUCAGGUGCUCCAAAGAAUUGACUUCUGAGACCAAAAAUGAUGUAGGCUAUUUAGACUACCGUAUGAAACUUUUUCAAAUUUAGUUCCCAGUCUAGAGGCACUUACUGGUCUGUGGUGUGAUGUGACCAAUAGAAACACCGUGUUCUUUGCUUUGGGCCUCAUGUUAGAAAAGUAAUGUAUUUUUCCAGUUGUUUUGCCUAGGUUAAGAUUAAUUCGCAUUCAUUGAAUGUAUGCCAAAUCAUGAUAUCCCCGUGACUAGCACCGUGCCUGGCACAGCCGGCAUACAGAUUUGUGAGAGGGAAUGCGAGGUGUGCAGAAGCUCAUUAUAUGGCACAGGGAAGCCAGCUGGCACAGGAUUACAUACAUUACCACAAGCAAACUAAUGAGUUGACGCUAAUUUAAUAUAUUUUUACCUCACACUAAGAUAGUGCUUGAUAAAGACAUUAAUACUCAACUUUGAAAAUGUUGGCACAGUGCUAUGCACAUAGUGGGUGCUCAAUAAUGUUGAAUGGACAGGUUUGCAAUACUAGAUUUAAUUCCAUCUGAUGACUCUUAAAUUUUCAGUUAGAGCAUAGAUACUGUAAAACCCAAUACACGUUAAGUCUUGUUUUCCUGAAAGUAUGACAUCUAAAAUAUUUGUAGAAAAGCUUUGUCACAGCUGAUUUGAAUGUUUGUGUUUUUUUUUCGCCUCUGACCUUGAUACUGGCUUGUAAUGUCUCUCUUCAUCAUGUGUAAUUUUGGUGGAACAUGCAGCUCUACCCGAAUCAGAAGACUUUCUCAGUGAUUGGUUGUCCAGAGCCAUUACACGAGUUGUCGGGUUGGUUUUGGCUGGGUUUGGCAGUCGUUGGACCUUAAGAACUCAGAGGACUUCUUAUAAGUAUCUUCCAAAAGCAAAUGCAAGAAUCCUAUUCAAGUGCAUAUGUACAUUGUCACUGAGCAAAAUAAACCGAAAUUGGCUGCUAUAUUUUAUAUAAUAAUUUCUGCAAAAACCCAUUUUUUUGGAUACUAAUAUUUGACAUGGUUAAUUCUUAUUAAUUGUUGGAAUUGUUUAUUGUUAAUAAUGCAAAUAGAUAAUUUUAAUUAUCCAUAAGUAACAUUUCACUAUUAAAGGUUUGAAAUGGAUGAUAAGCAAACCAAUUUGAAAUAAAGUAUGAAACAUGUGCCAUUGUAUUAUAACACUAUACACUUUCUUGACAGUUCAAUUAAAAAAAAAUUUUUUUUGUAGCAUGUAUUGUAUAUGUUUAUAGUAUAUGUAGUAAAUAAAAAUAUGGCCAAAUGUUUGGCUUGGUGAUCUUUUGAA